CUCAUUCUGCAGCUAGCGACCGACAGCAGCAGUUAGCUCUUCGGCCCCUUCAAUGGCCAAGAUCCAGCCUUUGCUUGCGGCCGCGUCGUCUCCCUCCCUCAGCUGCUCAUCCUCCGGGGAUGAAUCCCCAACACAGCAGAAGCAGGCAGCGUACACGGUGUGGAUGAAGUCGCUGGUGUUCAGCGGCAACGGCUGCGCGGUGUACGGCGCCGACGGCCGCGUUGCCUUCCGCGUCGACAACUACGGCUGCCGGGGCGGCCGCGAGGUCUUCUUCAUGGACCGUGCCGGCAAGACCCUCAUCAGGAUCCGGAGGAAGAGCUUUGGGAUCUUCAGGAGAUGGGAAGCGUGCCGGUACUUCGACGGCGGCGAGGAGGCGAGGCCGUGGUUCACGGUGUGUAGGCCUAGAAAAGGCGGGGCCGCCGUGACGAUGCGCGGCGGAGGGAGGGCGGCGUACGCCGUCGAAGGGUGCUCGCGCAAGUCCGACUACAAGAUCAGCGGCGCCGGCGGCGCGGUCGUGGCGACGAUCGCGCGGAAGCAGACGGCGUCCGGGGUUGUUCUCGGAGAGGACGUCCUGACGCUGACGGUGGGACCGGAGGUGGAUCAUCUGCUCGUCCUUGGUUUGGUGGUUGUCUGUGGCCUUAUCAACCGUCGCUUGUGAUCGGAACGGCUGAGGAUUCUCCACUUCUUCAGGAGAGUGCUAGACUGGUUUUUUUUUCAGGGCCUUUUUUUUCCAGCUAAUCUGAUUCUUACUAGGAGCAUAUGCAUUCGUGAGAAUUUGUUCAUAGGUAAUAACUUGGAAUUUUUUUCUCCACCAAGCUAUAAGGACGCUUUGUCCUUUUGGUGGAUGUUUUUCCCCCGUUGUACCAGUGUACAAUUGCAAGGUUGUAGCCUGUAUGAAACCGACUAUUACUCUAUAAUAAACUCCGAUCAUAAGAACCGAAUA